AUGGAACAUUGUUGGUAAUGGUCUACUUAAGAAGUUCCUCAUUGUGAAAAAUAACAAAGGGGAGUUAGGGUAAAUAUCAUAGAUUUUGUACUACAAGAUGAAGAUUAUUUUAAAUAAGGAGGACAAAUUGUACUGGCAGCAAGAGGAUGA